UGUUUGAAGAGAAAUGUUUAUUUUCUUUUACUCACAGAGCAAGAAAAGUUAGAUUCACAGAAACAAGUUAUAGCUAUUAUGCACAAUUCUUAGUAAGUUAGAUAAAAUAUAGCUACGUUAAGAAAUUAUGACUAAUUUUAGAGAGGAUUACCUGACCAAUUAACAUGAAACUACGCGUUGGUAAAUAGCAUUAUUUUCUAUUGAAAUUCUAAAUUAAACGCGAUCAAUUCCUUUGCUGUCAAUACAAUGCAAUAAGCUUGACGCGAGAACGAUAUACAUGUCAUAUGCCCAAUUCAAACCGCACAAGUGAUGUCUAUUUCAUUCUUUUGUCAUUAAUUUUGAAUGGUACCAAACUGGACAUUUUAAAAACGCAUCACUUUUAGCACGUUCACUUAAAGUCACGAAAUUGCAACGUACAUCGAAGGGAAUACAUCAAUCUAUUAUCAGGAGAUAACAAGAUUAGAUACAACGUCAAUAGACAUAAUCAUAGUAAACAUGACAAUACUUUUGAAAUCAUUAGAAAAGUUAUUGUUAACCUGAUCUAUCGUUGUUUUGGUAUCAACAGUCGAGUAAAACAGAAAUAAAUAGAUUAACAAAUCCAAAACACAGUAAAGGUUGUUGGUGGAUUUUUGUUGAACCUACAAAUGGAUGUAAAAGUGUUUCUCAUGUGUUUAGUCUACACCUUUAUAUCAGCUCAAAAAACCAACAAGAAGUGUCACGGUACAAUAAAAAUCGCCAGCUUUACAGGUGAAAUUAUGAUAAUCGGUAUGUUCCCGAUGAGAAACGAAUACCAGUCUGAGAUUAACAACAACGCUUUACUAUGGUCGGAAGUAUUCAAGUACACCAUCGAACAAAGCAAUAAACAAUUCAACGGCCGGAAGGUCUUCGGCUACAUUUUUUACGAUAUGUGUGGUCAGGAGGAACUAGAUGCAACCACAGAGGCAACGUUAGACAUGCUGUUGGGUACAGACUAUUUUUACGCAAUUCAAGAUUCAGCUAUGUAUUGUCAAUGUUUGAAACAAAACUUCCCUUUGGCUCACACUCUUGGUAUUGUUGGACCUGCUAUUUCGUCGAAUUCCAUUUAUGUGAACAAACUCGUGUCAUUUGAAAGCAUCCCACAAAUUAGUUAUGCUUCAACAAGUGCUGAACUGACCAACACCACCACAUACCCAUACUUCUACAGAACAAUACCCUCUGAUACAUUUCAAGCCAUGUUUGUUAAAGAUCUCUUGACAAACUUUAAUUGGACUUAUAUCUCUGUCAUUGGCACAGAUAACGCAUAUGGACGAUCUGGUGUAAAUUCACUAAAAAAUGCUAUCAAGGAUAGUAAUAUAUGCAUAGGUGUGGAAGCAAUCAUUAAUGUCAACAAAAAACACAAUAGUAGUAAGAACGUCAUUAAAGAACUUUAUCAAGAAACAUUAUCAAAUGUCAUUGUUUUCUGGGGUUCAUUUGAUUCUCUUCAAAGCGUUCUGAUGGAAGCUAGCAUUCAAAAAUUGAAAAAUAAAAUUUGGAUUGUAAGCGAAGCAUCUGGAAGGAAUGAAUGGUUUACAACUAAUGAAAAUAAGGUUGAGGGCACGUUUUUAAUCAUUAAUCCAAUGGGAGGAAGAAAUCUGGAAUUUGAAGAGUACUUUUAUGGACUCAACCUUUUGGACGGUUAUUACAAUCCAUGGCUUGAAACAUUUUUUAAUGUGCAUGGUGUGAACACGACUCAUAACACUAACGCCACAUUGCGACAAUUCAGCAAACACUUCGAUACUGCUCACGUUGGCUUCGUACAAAACGCUGUCCUCGCUUACACAAAGUCGUAUUUGAAUUUUGCCUUGGAUAAUAUUCCAUGUGAUUUUACUGAACUCGAUUGCACUACAACACCAAUAAGAAACCAUUCAGACUUCAAUGAGAAAUACAUUCAACGAAUUCAUUUUAAAGGGCUUCAUAAUGACACAGUUCAGUUUAAUCACGAAGGAGACAUAACAGGUGCAUGGUAUGACUUAUAUAUGCUGAUCAAGAAUAAGAAUACACCACCUGUAUUUACCCAUGUAGCGCAUUGGUCGUCAGAAAAAGGAUUCCAUUUCUUGAAUGACAGUCUGCUGGAGCAGGCAUACCAGAUCAACUCAACAUGCUCCGAUACUUGUCUGCCAGGCACAUAUGCUAUCUACAAUGCAGCCAAGACAUGCUGUUGGCAGUGCGUUUCAUGUGAAAACAACUUUUUUAAAAACAAUAUCAGUUUAGACGAAUGCCAAGCUUGCCCUGAACAUUACGUCUCGAACCCAGACCAUUCUUCCUGUAUCGCACUAGAAGACAUAUAUCUCCUCUUUGAUAGCAAUGCCGCAUUUAUAAUGUAUAUUAUAUCAGCAUUCGGCAUUAUCAUCACAACUUUCUUCAUUGGUACGUUCUUCUACCACAGAAACACACCAAUAGUACGUUCAUCGAACACAAAAUUAUCACUCGUACAAAUGCUCUCACAUUUUGUUUUGUUUUUAAGUCCACUGCUUUUCGUUCACAAUGACACAAAGAUAAAAUGCAUCACUCGAACUUACGUAACUGGAUUUUCCUUUGUGCUAAUUGUGACAAUAACAAUGGUGAAGACAAUACAUAUUGUUCAUAUAUUUAAACUGACUUAUCGUUUAACAAAAUGGGAAGUGAUCCAACAAAAAACCACCGAAGUGCUCAUCAUUCUCUUGUUGAUGGCUGUUGAAAUCAGUCUAGCUACCAUCAUGCUUACAAUGAAACCAAUGACCAUAGACAUUACGAAUGACAUUUCUCAGUACAAGAUGUUUCACGAAUGCAAUUCAAACGACCACUACAUUGUUCAAGUUGGAUAUAUCAUUCUGCUUCAACUCAUAUGUGGUACACAAGCAUUCAGAGGGAGGAAGCUGCCAGCGAAAUACAACGAGGCGAAAUAUAAUGCUUUCGCCAUGUUCACUUCAACUCUUGUCAUGAUCAUCGCUAUUCCACUCAAAGCAAGCAUAAGUGAACUUAACGAUACUCAAUUACUACUAGCUAUCAUAAUUAUGGUAGCCAACUUUUUAAUCCUGGUUAUUCAGUACGGUUACAAGAUUGUGUUGAUUUGGUUCUAUCCAGAGGAAAAUACACAAAAGGUAUUUAUGCAAGAAAGAAUCGAGAGUUGUUUGUCUUACACAGAUCGAAAGUUAUCUAAAGCUAGCACGGCAAGUCUUUCAGUGAUGAAUCCUAACGCCAGAUAUAGUUUGACUCCUGUAAUAGAUAGCCGGGAAACGAAUUUACUGCCAAACGUGCUGCGGAAUAAACACGCGGCUAGUAAUAAUAGUACAACCUCAAGCCGUUUAUCGUUACCCAUGAAUUCCAUUUACGAACAUGAUAAUGCUGGCUAUGAUAGUGAUGAAAGCGAUGUAUCGUCACAUAAAAACAAAAGAAAAGAAAAAAGAAAUUCAAAAGUUUCAGAUAUUUUUUUCGAAAAUGGAUUUGCUAUAUGCGAAUUAUGAAAGUUCUUGGUUAAUACACAAUUUAAUAGCUUGAAUCCUACGAUCCUUUUUAACCAGGUCUGUUUGACCUUUAAUUAAAUGGGAUUAGACACUAAUAGAUUUAGGCUUUUGUACCUGAAAAAAUAUAAGUCGAUUUCAACUUUUUAUUUUGUUGACAUUUUUAAUACAAUAAUUUUUUCAGGACUUAUAAAACUAAUACUGAUCUUAAAAAUGACUGAAUAUAUAUAAAGCGACAGCCAUUCGUUGGCUUUUCUAUGUUUUCAAGUCCUCAAAAAACCUGAUGAGAGAUAUCAUACAUUAAAUUUUAUUGGCGAUAUAAAUCAAAAAAAUAAAUAAAUAAAUAAAUUAAGACUUGCUUUUAGCGUAUUUCACAUAUUAAAGAAUUAUUUUUACAGAUUAGCUGUAUGUGAAAAUUUUGUUGUAAAUUAAACUUUUUUACUCAGCAAUAAAAUAAAAUGUAAC